AUGGCUACCAAUCGACGUUCUGUUUCAUGGCUAUCUUUGUCUUCUGCUCGUAGCCCUGCAACUGCACCCACCCCGCCACCAGCACGGUCAGACUCCAUUCGACGCCCCGCUUUUAAGCCAUUUAGGACACUUUCAUCUGCUCAACCACAAAAGCCUACUUGGCCACCAACUGCAAUAGGUGCAGCAGCCCCCGAGCAAAGAGCUCAAACUCCGCAGCCACCACCCGAGCAACGCCCGCUGUUUAGGUCAUCCACGGCCGCCGCCAAGCCGCCACCGCAGCCUGCAGCCGCUCCCAUUUCCCUGCAGCCUCCUCCCGCCGCAGCUGCUGCACAAAGGUCCUCUCCUCCUCCCACUCUUACCAUAACUUCUCAGGCAGUCUCUAAUGCCCCUAAGGCCCCAAUCACUACUCCUCCUGCACUCAAACCAUCACAACCUAUUGCUGCAGCAUCCUUUCCCAAAUCCCCAAUCACCACCAACCUUUCAUCUCCUUCAACAAUUCUUCAACAAUUCAACAAUUCUUCAGCAGAAACUGAGCAUAAGAGCCUACUGGUGCAACAAGUCACUGAAAAGUCCAAUCAAGUGCAACCCAAUUCCUCCCAUGUUGACACUAAGCACCAUAAAUUACAGAGCACAGCACAGAUUGCGAAAACCGGGGUAGCAUUCGAAGAGAAGGCGGUAGCCAUGCAAAGAAAACAUUUGGACGAUUCGUCCUCAAAAAAGCAUCACGGAAUGAGAAUCGUGAGAUUAGUUGGUGAUAACAUUGGGGCAGCCAUGGUCGUCAAUCGUUCGCGAAACAAGUACGACCAUGGAGCUAAACUUCCAAGCAUUCAGGACAAAAGAAUCACUACUCCUCACUGCAAUAAUAAGGAGAAGAAUCGUCCUAAAACCUUGCAAUCUGCAGAAAGGACUGGUACUAGUACUCUAUUCAUGAACAGUAACGUUCAAGGAGUGAACAAUUCAAUUGCAUUUGACUCUUGUCUCACUCACCAUAAUCCAGGGCUCCAUGUCUGCACCUUUGAGCCCUGA